AUUAACAUGCGUUUUCCGUGCUUUUCCAGAUUUCAUUUUUUUAUUUUCCGCUGGUUUCUCUCUCUCUCUCUCUCGUUUCUUUCUCUGCGAGUCCUCUUCUUUGUAAAUCAACUCACGAGUCUGCUUGCGAUCUCUUUUUCAGUUCAUUUCUUUCUUUGUUCCAACAUCUUCUUUCAUGUCUUCUUCUUCUUCAUCUUCUGGAUCUGUUUCAGAGCUGAUAAAGUUGCUCUAUUCUGCUCACCUAUCUUCAAGAGAGAGUGAGAGAGCUUUGAUAAUACAAGCUGGUAAAGCUUUUUCAGGUAAAGGUUCUUCAGAUGAACUUUUUUCAGAAGAACAUUUACUAAAAAUACCCCGUGUCAGAGACUUGAUAUGUUUUCCUACCGGCCAAAGUAAGUCUGAGGAGGUGAUAACAGCUCAAUCUACGGCAAAGGACUACCUUCAGGAUUCAACCAAAAAACUUCCAAAGACAGAAACAACAUAUUCAAGUAUCAAAGCCAGUAUUAAUCGGAUCUUGUCUCCAGAUUUUGAAUACAUUGACUUCACACAUCCCUUUGAUUACAAAAGAAGAAGAACAAUAGGGAUUUGGGACUUUGAAAACUGUCCCGUACCUGAAUCAUUCACAACAUUAGCGCACCAUAAAACAGUCAUACCAAACAUCAAAAAAGGUCUUGAAAUUUUGGGAUUUGUGGGCGCUUUGCAAAUUGUUGGAGUUGGUGAUAGAUAUUUUUUAAGGGGAGCUACACACUUGGCCUCCUUAUCAUCAGUGCAAAUUAUUGACGAGAAGAAAAGAGGUAAUGAGGAAGACACAUCUGACAAAAGACUGAUUGUGGAGAUGAGAACAAGAAUGGAACGACACCUCGAGAAGUACAACGAGCCAGGAAACAUUUUGCUGAUGACUGGAGAUAUCGAUUUCCUGGCUGUCAUCCGCGAAGCAAAGAGACUGGGAUUCUACGUGUUGUUAGCCUACAACGAGAAGAAAAAUGUUCGCUCAGAACUCAAAUCAGCAUCGGAUAAACCUGUUCAAUGGUUCAAACUCGUGGAGGGUAGAGUAAAGGGGUAGAGUGUAGGUUCUCUUAGCUGUGUUUUUCAAUAUUGUAAUGAGACACGUAUGUUGUGUUUCAAAAAAAAAAAAGUGUAUGUUAACGGAAAUGUUUGUGAUCUGAUUGUGUUCUGAUCAACAGUUUUUAAAAUGUUUGUUAAUCGCGCUACGUACGAUUGGAAGUGUCUCCCAGCGUUGUUGAAUUUUCUUUCUUUCCUCUUUAUUCCAUUGGUUGAAUUCUCGAGA